GUUCUCAUUGGACUUCAGCGAACUAAGAACGACUUGGCCAAACGAUUUCGAUGGGUGAACGACUUGCCGGUGAGCGUGACUAAGUGGGCCAGCCACUGCCCCAAAGGAGGAUACGUCAAUGGAUGCGGGGCUUGGUAUUUUUACGACCGUAACUACAGCGAACCCGCGCAGGAGGAGAGGUCUUCUGGCUGGGUGGACAUAGGUUGUGGUCAGAAGUUGCUCGGAUUAAUCCUGUGCGAAUCGCCGGGUAAGCCGCAGGUCGAAGAGAACAGCAUAGCCUCAAUAAAACCUGCCAGUAUCGAUGUCGUGACUUCAACAUUAGCCAGA